AUGUUUCAAAAUAAAAUAGAGUAAUCAAAAACAGCAUUCUUUUGGGAUAUUCUAUUAGGCACAUAUUCGCCUUAACUACCACAUCCUUCAUUGAAUGAAAUAAAUAAAACAUUAGUUGACCAACCACAAUAUCGAACUUUAAAAAUGGAUAUCCCAAGGACUCGUUCUUAAUUACUUUAACCUCAAAUGCAUGGCAUUCUAGAAAAAAUAAUUGUUUUCUUUUGUUAAUAGGAAAAUAUUAGUUACAAAUAAGGAAUGAAUGAAAUAUUUGCAGUGGUAGCAGUCUUUAAUGAAAGUGGACUAUCAUGGGAGAAAAUAUACGAAUAUUCUCGCAAAAUCAUUCUUGAUAACAAUUUCUUUAAAGAUGAAGAGUUCUUGCCUUUGUAAGUGGCCUUCUAGUGGAUUAAUUUGCUACUCAAAUUUCAUGACUUCCAAUUGUAUGAUUAUUUGGAUAAAAAUUUACUAUCACCAGAACUUUAUGCUACUCCCUGGUUGCUGACUCUAUUUGCAAAUAAGAUGUCAUUGGAAUGCACUUAUCUUCUUUGGGAAAUGCUUUAUAUCAAAAAGGAUUAACUCAUGAUAUACUUUUUUGUGAUUGCCGUUCUGAUCUACUUCAGAUAGAAACUACUAUCCAUAGAUUCCUCACUCUUGCCAUAAACCCUAAGUGGUAUCUACAUAGACAACGUUGAAACAGUUAAGAACAUCUACAAAAAAGCAGUCGAUUUAAAAUUGAACACUCCCUCUUCUGCAUGUAUUCCUUGCAAAAUAUUUGAUCUACCAAAAGAAGAGAUUAAAAUACUAAUGGAUUACUACUCAUAACUCGAUUGUUUGACUCUUCACUUCACUGAAUCUCUAAAACUGGAGACUAAUUAAUGUCACUUUUGUUCUAAUAAUGGGUGUGCUCAAUGCAGAGUAGUACGAAUGCCUCCUGAAAUGAAAUGCUUCAUCUAGUCAAACAAACAUCUACAAGAAUUAGUUCAAUAUGUUGGAGGACCCAUUAAAUAAUGCAAGAUUGUAGACAAAGUCCAGAAUCUACAAAAUAUAAUUCAGAUAAUUAGAUAUUCAAAGUUUCAAUAUGAAUAGUAUAUCCAACAGAGUUAUGUUUGUUUUCAACAAUAACAAUCAUCGCAUUAGAAUACUGAAGAGGAUACUAUAAGUACUAGAUCAUAGAAUAGUUUUUAUAACUCUUAAAUUAUAGUUCCUUUUAAGUUCAAUAAGCUGCAAUUGCAAUAACAGUUGUAGAAACAACCAGAUGAUUAAUUUGAUUCUAUUCGAUCCUAAGAAUAGACAAAUUAAUAGCAAUCUUCAUCAUAUAGAUAAUCAUCGAUUAUGGAAUCCAACGUUUUGCAGAAUAUACAUUUGAAUAACAGUUCACCUAUUGAGAUCCAACCACUUAUUCUAAAGAAGGAUUCAAGGACGAACUCUUUAAAGUAAGAUCCAAUCAAAAGAUAUGAAAACAAAGGAUUGUUCAAGAAAGUGAUUAUGGAAAUAAAUCAGCUCAAUAAUAUUAAGUUCCACAUUUUUAGAUGUAAACUGAUUGGAACUCAAAAACAAAGAAUACUGAUUAUAAAUUAGGGAUUCAUCUGUUUGGUUAAAGAAGAUAAUUCAAUUUAUUCCAGAUUAUAGGGAAUCUAAUAAUUAAAAUCAAAACAAUCCUUAAAAACAGAACAAUAAAGUCAAUCAAUUUCGAUUCAAUAUCUUUAUUACAUGAUAUUUUUAAAACGAAUCAGCAGUAAACGAUUAAAUAGCAAUGUUAUCUCAUUUUAUUUUAAGUAACCAAUUGUGAACUCUUAGUAAAAUAUCAACCAUCGAUUUUUUAACUUGUUUAAAGAAUUUCAUGUGAUCAUAGACGAUGAUUACAUCAAUGAGGCAAAAAGAAUGAUUAAGACAGAAUAUAAAAUAACGCUCGAAAUGUUAACGACAUAAGAAGCGUAAAAUUGUAUAGAAAUGGGUAAGCAAUAUUACAAGCAAUGUUAAUUUUGA